CAGCAUGGACGUGAGGAGAGCCAUCGGGGCGUGCGUGCCCUUCUUCCUCCUCGCCGUGCUCUUCGACGUACUCGGGAUUAUUUUACUCUUUCUGGGAAUUUUCGCCAAUUUACGCAUCGACGGACGCUUCUACGGAGACUUCCUCAUCUACACCGGAUCGAUCAUUUUAUUCUUCAGCAUCGGCCUGUGGUUGCUGUGGUACCUGGGCAACAUCCCGCCGCCGUACGACCCGCUCACGGCGUCGGUGAAGCACGGGAACAGCAUCGUGGAGAUCGCGCGUAAAUUCUCGCGGCGGCUGAGCGAGAAGCUGACCGAGACCGUGAAGGGCAAGUACGUGACCGAGGACGAGACGAGUCCGCCCGGCACGCCGGACCUCAAACCCGGGCGGGUCACGUGGGGCAAAUCCACGGCGUACGUCAACAAAGGUUACGAGGAGGAUGAAGAGGCGGAGGAGACGAAGAAGAAGAUCGACGAGGACGAUGACGUGAAGUGCCGCGAACAAAACGUGGACACGCCGGAGGAGGACGGCGCGGAGGAGAGCGUGGACGUGAAGGGAGAGGACGCGUGCGCACCGGAGGAAGCCAGAGACGGCGGCGGGGACGUGGCGGAGGACGCGACGGAGGACCGGAUGGGAGACGUAGCGUUUUGAGCCACGCCAGAGCGGUACAAAGGCGCACAAAGCUGGUGAAAUACUGGCGUGUAACAUGAGCCGUCGCGAGGAGGACUGAAGGGGAAAACAAAACACGGCCGGACGAACGCGGCUCACGGCGCAAACGUGCACUUUACACUUUAAACACGGAGUUUGGGAAGGAAAAACGCGACCCAAAAAUGUAAACAUGUAGAUAGACGAACAGCAUGACUGUGUGUUACUCUAAAGAAUGUUUAUAUGAGGCUACAGAUACGGCCAUAGACAUCCAUACACAUGAAUGCACCUGUAUGUUCUGAUACUGGACGAGUGUCGUGCCAAAGAGCACCAAAAUAACAUGAAGUGCAGCUCACCAGGACUAAACCAUCACCCACACAAACACUGUUACAUCUACAAAUACUACAAAUACUACAAAUACUACUACUACUGUUGUUAUUACUACUGUUUUUGCUGCUGCUGCUGCUGCUGCUACUACUACUACUACUACUACUACUACUACUGCUACUUCUGCUACUACUACUAAUAAUAAUACUUAGCCCUACUACAAAGAAUUGCAUUACUACCAAGGACUACAAUUACUACUACUACUACUAUUGCUGCUACUGUUACUACUACUAGUACUUCUACUUCUAAUACUAAACCUACUACAAAGAAUUACAUUACUACAAAUACUACUACUACUAAUACUACUACCACUACCACUACUUCUACUACUACUACUGCUACUACUAGUACUACCACUAGUACUACCACUAAUAGUAGUAUUACUACUACUAUUACUACUACUACUACAACUACUACUACUACUGCUAGUACUACUACUACUACUGCUACUGCUAGUGCUACUACCAGUACUACCACCACUACUACUACUACUACUAAUACUUAGCCUACUACAAAGAUACAUUACCAACAAGAACUACAAUUACUACUACUACUACCACUACUUCUACUAUUACUACUGCUACUACUAGUACUAAUAUUACUACUGCUGCUGCUGCUAUUGUUGCUACUAUUGCUAAUACUACUUCUUCUACUUCUAAUACUAACUUCUAAUACUAAACCUACUACAAAGAAUUACAUUACUACAAA